ACCUUGUGGUAAAAAGCUAACAUGGCAACGACACCUUCCUAGAGUCAAGACAUCAAGCUGUUUUUGGACAUAAAUACAAGAGCAACCAUCAUUCAGACCACCCACUUCAGAUCUCCACUUGCAAGACACAAGAACCAGAGACAAAAUCUCCCGUCUUAGCCUCAGUUUUCUUGCUGAAACGAAUCAUUACUUGCUCUCUUGUUUUGUUUGAUCUUUUUCAGUAAUGGAGAACUUGAUGGGCUUGCUUAGAAUUCAUGUGAUUAGAGGGGUCAACCUUGCUGUAAGAGAUGUCUGUAGCAGUGACCCUUAUGUUGUGGUCAAGAUGGGCAAACAGAAACUGAAGACUCGCGUUAUAAAGCAGAAUAUCAAUCCUGAGUGGAACGAUGAUUUGACUCUUUCUAUUGUGGAUCCAAAACUUCCAGUCUUGAUUAGAGUGUAUGACAAAGACACAUUCAGCUUAGAUGAUAAGAUGGGAGAUGCAGAAUUUGACAUCAGUCAAUUCAUAGAAGUCGUAAAGAUGCGAUUGGAUAACCUCCCUAGUGGAACCAUAAUAAGAAAAAUUCAACCAAGCAGGGAAAAUUGCCUAGCUGAAGAGAGCUGCAUUGUCUGGGCUACUGGCAAAUUGGUUCAGAACCUGUUUCUUAGACUGAAGCAUGUGGAGACUGGUGAAGUUGAACUCCAGCUAGAGUGGAUUGAUAUCCCUGGUUCAAGGGGAUUGUAGAUUGCGCCUUCUGUGUUCUUAAGGUCUGCAAUAAUAGUGUACAGUUAGAACUCAGAACGGUCCGCCGGUCAGCCGUGGACAAGUUUGUUUGUGAUGUUUAUUGCUAUGCGUGGAGAUCAAAUAUGUAACUUGAAUUUGAAGUGAGAUUUUGCUAUUUAUAUGUUUUGUAUUUCCUAAUCUGUUGCUAUAAAAACUCCGCCGGAGACGGCUUCUUGUGCCAUUGUGAGUUUUUCUAGCAAAACAAGGAAAAUAAGGAAUUUUUCUGGGCAGUGAACAUUCUUGAA